AUGUGGAUUGGAACAACGCCACCAUGUCUUCAAGAUUUAACUAUUCUGGAACAACUUAUGAUAUCAUCAGGAUAUUUGUGCAUAAAUCUUAUUCAAAUAACAAAUAAAAAGCAUACCCAUCAUAAACUUAAAGGACAUAUUAUUACCUUAUCCCAAAAUCCAAGCUCCUUAGCUAAAGUAUUACCCUUACCAAUGUUUAGACUUUGUGACUAUUUAAAAGUAGUAUUUUGGUUAUUUGAACAUAAUAAAUUAUUCAAAGAUCAUUUCAAACUUGAUAAAAACAUUUUAAAUAGCUUACCAGAAGGAGAAAUUCCAGAAUCUUUAGCCUUAAUGACUACUGUUAUAGACUUUAAUGCUCAAAAUAUUGAACAUUUUACUGGAUAUACACAUGACUCCACAUGUAAUUUUAGGUCAUCAGGUGUAUUGCAUGUAAAUGAUGUUCCAGUUUCUGAAGAAGAACUCACCUUAAAUUCUUUACAAAAACUUGUUGAAAAGUCAAAUUUGCAAUAUAAAACUAAUACUAUAACCGAAAUAUUUCAAACAAAAAUAAUCUGCAUACCUCAUAGUCAAACACCUCUAAAUGAAUAUGAAGAUCCAACACUCUUUUCGGCUGCUUUUCCUGUCCUUUAUCUGUAUAGUGUUGGAGGUCAUAAAGGUCAUUCACAACAAGUCUCGUUUAAAGAAUAUAUAAAUCAUCUAAUGCGCCAUCGUGAUCCUAAAUUUCAUCAACAUAGAUCAUUUCCGUUCAUCACUUUUAAUAUUUUGCAGAGACAUGAAGUAUCAUCAGAAUCAUAUAGUUUAACAAAAUAUAGCAACUUUGAGAGAUCAGCCAAUUUAAUAAAUACACUUAAACCCAAUGAUAUAAAACUAGCUAUAGAACAAAAGCGCAAUAAAAAGCCUAUAACUAAUCCAGCAAUUCUUGAAUUACUUAAAAAUAUUAAUUCUGCUGGGUCCAAAUUAAUGGCAUCUUGCCAAUCAUAUUCUAAAAUGCGUAAUGAAAUACAUGCAACUAUCACACGAGAUGGUAUACCUUUAAUAUUUAUGACAAUUAACCCUGCUGACCUUUACAGCCCUAUCAUAAUAAUGUAUACUGGAAACGAAAUUAAUUUUGAUAAACUUUUACCGGAUAAUUUUCUGAAAGCCACUGAGAGAGCAAGACUUGCAUCUCUUGACCCUUCGGCAGUUGCAAAAUAUUUUGAUAUUAUUAUUCAAACAAUUAAAGAUACUAUAAUUGGCUAUAGUAAAAAAAAUGGUGGUGUAUUUGGAAUAGUAAAAAAUUACUAUGGUGUUGUUGAAUAUCAGGAUAGAGGCACUCCACAUUGUCAUAUGAUAAUUUGGCUUAAUAAUGCACUUGACCUGAUUACUUUACGUCAAAAACUUAAAAAUGAUAGUAACUUUUCCCAACACCUACUACAAUAUAUUAGUAAUAUCGUUCGAAAAGAUAUAAGUUAUCUUACAAGAAAUGAAAUAAUAACCAAUGAAAUGCUUAAAACUGAAUACAUGACUCCAAAAACUUUACUAGAAAAAAGAAUGCAUCCUUCUUUUAACCUUAUUCCAGAUCCAAAAUUAUCUAACUUUGAAGAGAAUUUUCACCUAGAUUUACUUGCAAUCGCAAAACAUACUCUCUUUCAUCAUUGCAAUAAAACAUGCAAAAAAUAUAAUCGUGGUUUAAAAAAACACUGUCAUUUUGACUUUUCAAGAGAACUAGUAAACCCUCCUGGAAUAAUUUUUCCUGAACAAGGCAUUAUUGCUGUUCAGUGCACCAAUGCCUUUAUCAAUAACCAUAAUCCGUAUAUAACCACUGCAUGCAGAGGAAAUAAUGAUAUUAAAUUUAUUUUAACACAAAAACUUGCUUUAGCUUAUGUCUAUUACAUUACUGAUUAUAUUACAAACUCUGAUAAUGCAUCUAUCAAUCUUAUAAAUAAGUCUCGAAAACUUAUAACAAAGUGCCUUAAUAAAAUCACAGGUCAAGUAAAACUUACAAGUCCACAAGUUUCAGCAUAUCUUUUAGGUAUUCCAGACCAUUAUACUCCAAACAAGUUUGUCUCUAUAUAUUUACCAACUUUUGUAAAUUAUUUUACAAAUGAAUUAAAAAAACAUAAUCAAAAUAUUGAUAUAAAUGCUGAAAAUUCUGAUGAUGAUUUAGAUGAAGCCAAAGAAUUAUAUUCACCAUCUGAAUCCUUUAUGAUAUCCUCCUUUCAAGGCAAAUUAACUGUAGUAAACCUUCGUGUUGAUUAUCAAUUUCAAGGACUAUCUCUAGAUGGAAUUUGUCUCUAUGAUUAUGCAUCUACAAUAUAUAAAAUACCAAUAAAUUUAUAUGAACUUUCCAUAUUAUCAGAUCAACACUUAAGAAAUAAAAAUACUCAUGUCGAUCGUUUUUUCUUCCAUAGAAGUGAAUCAAAUUCUAUAUUGACUAAAGUACAUCCACAAUGUAAAACUCACAUUCAAAUACAACGAAGACGUAGAACAGAAAGAAUUGUUACACUAUACAGUAAAACAAUACCAAAAAAAGAUGAUACUAAAAAUGAGAAAUAUUAUAAAUUAAGUAUUCUCACAUUGUUCAAGCCAUGGAAAUCGGUUUAUGAUCUUAUUGAAAAUUAUGAUUUCUGGGCAGAUGCAUGCCAAGCUUUUUUAAAUAACCCAUCCUUACCAGCUCAACUCCUAUUUGCAAAAGCUUGUCGCAUUGAAUGUUCGGUACCUGGUUAUGAUGCCAAAGAAGAAUUAAUAUUAUUGGAUGAUUAUGAUAACCUAAAAACAGAUAAUACAAAUAAUGAAAAUUUUGAUCCUGAAAUGAUUAUCAGAUCUGAAUUAAAGGACAUUAAUUCUAUUGAUUCUAUGAUGAAUAUUCUUUGA